AGUAUUUUUUAUUAUUUCGCCUUGUUUGGAAAAUAGUUAUGCCGGAUAAAAUCACAAUUGCUGGAUGGAAACAUGUUCGUAUGUUUCUUCCAAAACCUCAAAAACAAUGUGAUUGUCAUGUCAACGACCCUCCUCCUUGGACAGGUGAAGUUCAUGGUCUGAGCCAAGCCCUGAUGAGCAAAACAUUAAGAAUGCGAAUAUUCUGGUGGAUCGUCAUUAUUAUUUGCAUCAGUCUGGGAGCAUUUACAACGGUGCUCAUAAUCAUUGAGUAUAUUCAAGGACCGACUGCCACUUCAACAACAAUUAGACUGGUCGACUCCCUUGAAUUUCCAGCAAUCACAAUUUGCCCAAAAGUGCCGGAUUCUUUCAACAUCACCGGAUUACGUGGGGAUAUUAAAGAAAGUUUACCAGAUAUUUCUGAUAAAACUGCAGACGAUUUGUUAGAGUUUUUUGUUGCUGGUAGCGGGUUAGAAAACAUGAAUGAUGUUACUUAUUUCAAUAGGACAUAUCUCAGCCAUUUGAACAAUUACUACAAAAUAUGGUCUGAAGGAUAUUCAGUUGACGGGUUUUUCGAAAUUAUUCAGCAAAAAUACGGUUACAAAUGUGAAGAUUUAUUUUACGAAUGCCAGUUAGCUGGUAAAAUUCUUGAUUGUUGCAACGAUUUGAUGGUUCGAAGAGUUGUUAUGCGUCGAGGAAUUUGUUAUCAAACACGAAAAAAUGUUAAUCAAUCGGAAGCCGAUGAUAUUGGAAGAAUUGUGUUCAGCUUGAAAGCUCCAACCAGUUAUACAAGUGUCAAAACCAACUACACACAAACACAAUUGAUAGUUUAUAUUACUGAUAAUCAUGAUGUUGUCACCGAAUUUCCAAGGUUCUACUUGUAUCCAAAUGAAUGGAAUCGAAUGCGGUUCACAGCGAGACUGAUUGAGUUGAUUCAAAACAAGGGAGUAUGCACAAAUCACAUAUUUGGAAGAGACGCCGAAUGUUUGGUCCGCAAGUGGUAUCUAUCGAACAUAAUAAUUCCUUUUAAUUGCACACUACCAUAUCUCAAGAGCAUCACUAAACUACCACCAACGACUGGUGUUUGCAAGCCAGAUGUUAUUGCCGAUAACUAUUUGGACAAAAUACAAUAUGUGUGGAAUAGCGCAGAAGUCAACGAGGAGUGCACUCCUGGUUGUAACCGUUGGGAUUAUCAAACGAGUGUUCAACAGAGUCAGACACUUUCCCCAUUUGAGGACUACACAUUCAAUUUAGAAGCUUCUUUUAACGACUUGCAGUACGAGUACGUGAAGGAGAUCUACACAACAUCGAUUCCUGGCUUUAUGUCCCAGAUUGGAGGUCAAUUCGGCUUUUUCCUCGGUUUAUCAAUUAUCACACUUAUCCAAAUGGUUCUGUACGGAUUCCACAGCGCAUUCAUGUUUGCCAAAAAGCACAUUCAACGAAAAUUUCCGUUUUGCAAGAUUCAUCCAUCGGACGAUUAUCCCCGUUCUACAAUGACAUUCGACAAUUCUACCAACAUCUAUCCACCAGAGAAAAACAUUUCCAAGGAGCACAUAGCGACUCUGAGCCGUCGAGUGAUAGCAACCAAUCCUCCAAGUCCAGUUUCCACAGUAAUUGACUCCGUUGAUCUUCCUCCACACUGGGGGCUCCGAAACAUUGACCAGUCUCGUGAGAAUCCACUAUUCGGCAACAGUAACAUGUGAUAGAUGUUUUUUUUUCUAAUACAAACUCAACAAUGUUUCAUCCCCUCAUUACCGAGUAGUCUAGUAAUCCGGUGAAAACCUGUCUAGCAACAAAGCUGCUUUAUUUUGUUGUUUUUUGUGAAACAAUUUUUAGUUUACUCGUUCAAACAGAUUCCCUAAAUUCAUGUUUAUCCUGCUUUUUCCACUUCAUGAACUUUUAUAAUGAACCACUCUUUCAUUUCCCGCUUGAAAUAAAUAAUAAACAAAAAUAUGCA